CCCAGGACUGCUCUGUGGCCACCUGUAAGAAGAUCCGGUGCAGAAUCGCCUCCCUGGAAAUGCAGCAGCCGCUGGAGUUUAUGAUCAAAGGGAAUGUCAGCUUCCAGUGGGUCUCCCAGACUCAGCAGCAGAAAGUGAGUCUGGUGAGCGAGGCCCGGAUUGAAUACGAGGAGAAGAAAUACACCCAGAAGGAGGGAUUUGUCCAGCGCCAGGUGCAGACAUUGGUGGAGCGCUCCGAGGUCUAUAACUACCUGCCCAUCAUCGUGGGCAGCAGCGUGGGGGGCCUGGUCCUGCUGGCUCUCAUCACCGCAGCCCUCUACAAGUUUGGCUUCUUCAAGCGCCAGUACAAGCAGAGGAUGGAGGGUGAUGGGGCCGAGCCGGCCCAGAGCGGUGCCUCCCCUCCCCCCAACGCCCCCAAACAAUAGCUCCACCCACAUCACCUCCCCAUGGGCUGCUCCAGAUCCACACACCAAACUGACAAGCAGGACUUGGAACAAACCUUCAGAGCAUCUAUGGGGGGCUGGGAGCCAGGACUCCUGGGUUCUAUCCCCAAUGGUGGGACGGGAGUGGGGUCUAGUGGGUUAGAGCGGGGGGCUGGAGCCAGGACUCCUGGGUUCUCUCCCAGAAGUGGGAGGGGAGUGGGGUCUAGUGCAUUAGAGCGGGAGGGGCUGAGUCUCUCUGCACCUCAGUUUCCCCACUUGUAACGUGGGGAGAAUUAUCCUGCCAUUUUCUAUUUAUACUGUGAGCUGUUUGGCGCAUGGCUUGACUCUCACUGUGAAGAUGGCACUCCCAGAGUAAUGGGGUGCCUUGAUCUCAGCUGGAGUCCUUGCGGCACCGGGGCCCCCAUCUCAUUCAGGGCCUUGAGGUACUAUUGGAUAAUGUCCAAUAAAGCCAAGCUCUCGGA